CCUUAGAAGUUUAUCCAAACAAGGAGGUUUUUACUGCAGAGUUCUUGCAAAGAUGAACGAUCUAAUGACCAAGUCUUUCUUAAGUUAUGUGGAACUGAAGAAACAGACACAGAGGGAUUUGGAAUCCGAACUUGACGUUGAAAAAGGCAUUGGGAAAGGGAAACUCAACCCCAUUGUUGAAAUCAACCUAUCUCAGUUCUUCCAAGAAGUGGCCUCGAUCAAGAUAACAAUGGAAGGGAUCACAAAUCUCGUGUUUGAUCUACAAACCCUAAAUGAAGAAACAAAGUCCAGCCACAGCGCCAAAGUCCUCCUAGGGUUACGAGAUAGGAUGGAAGCCGACACCGUUUCGAUUCUUCAAAAAGCAAAGCUUGUCAAGGAAAAGCUCGAAUCACUCGACAGAUCUAAUGCAAACAAUAGGAGAUUAUCAGAUGCAUAUAGGGAAGGGACGUAUGUGGAUCGAACCAGGGUUUCGGUAACAAACGGUUUGAGGGCUAAUCUCAAGCGAAUGAUGAAUGAUUUUAACGCCUUGAGGGAGAAGAUUUUAUCUGAUCAUAAAGAAGAUCUCAAGAGAAGAUACUACGACGCCACCGGAGAAGACAUGGUCGAAAAGACGGUUUCCUGCAGCGGCGAACACGUUCGGUCAUUGGCUGAGAUAUUCGAAAUGGAUUCGAGGAACAAGGAGAGGCAUGAAGCCGUGAUGGAUAUUCGACGAAGUUUGGAGAGGCUGCAUCUGGUGUUCCUCGACAUGGCUGUUCUAGUUGAGGCACAAGGGGAGAAGAUGGAUGACAUUGAAGAAAACUUGGCCAAUGCUGCUGAUUUUAUCAGUGGAGGAACAAAUCAACUUUACUAUGCAAAUCAAACGAAGAAGAAGAAGACAGCAUGCCUUUACUGGGUUUGCGGCGUGGUUCUUAUUAUUCUUUUGGUUUGCAUAAUUUCCAUGUUAGCUUCUUGAGAAACAGCC